UUAUUGGUUAUGUUUUUAUAUUUGUAAAUAUUGCAUGUACAAUAUUUUGGAGCCCUGUACCGAAUUUGUUUGAUCAUUGAUUGUUUGUAAUUUGUAUUAUAUCUAUGUCCUAGUAACUAGUUACUAUUGUUACAAACUGUACAUGAUUUUCUUGUGAAAUUCAUUUUCUGUUGUCCUUUUAUUCAUAAUUCGUUUAUAAUGUCCGUAAGUUCAAUAACUUUAUACAGAUAUUAUUAAUUUGUUUAUUAUUAUGUUCAUAUAGUCUGUAUCUUGAUAAACAUUUGAUUUAAUGUGUCAUUUUUAGGCCGCAGCAGUAGCUAAGGUGCAAGAAGUGCGAGAAAUUUCUCGAGUAGAACGGAUUGGCGCCCAUUCUCACAUACGUGGACUUGGAUUGGACGACAACAGGGAACCGAGAAAUGUUUGUAUUUAAACUAAAAAAUAUUAAUAAUAUUGUUAUCUUAUUCUAAUUAAAGAUUCAAUAUUUUAGGUUUCACAAGGGUUAGUUGGUCAGCUGAAGGCUCGCAAGGCCAUGGGAGUCGUUUUGGACAUGAUUAAAGAAGAAAAGAUUGCUGGCAGAUCUGUUUUGCUUGCUGGAGAACCAGGAACAGGUAAUUAGCAGUUUACUAAACACUUGUGCACAUUAGUACUUAUGAACAAAUUAAUUUGUUUUUGUAGGAAAAACAGCCAUUGCAAUGGCUUUGGCACAGGCUUUGGGUUCUGAUACACCAUUCACAGCAAUGUCAGGUUCAGAGAUUUAUAGUUUAGAAAUGAGUAAAACAGAAGCAUUGACUCAAGCCAUUCGUAAAUCAAUAGGUGUUCGCAUUAAGUACGUUAUAUUACAUUUUUAAUGUUACCAUAAAUUAACACCUAAAUUGUUUCAGAGAGGAAAGUGAAAUUAUUGAAGGUGAAGUAAUAGAAUUCCAAAUAGAACGUCCAGUUACAGGAACAGGGUCUAAAGUAGGAAAGUUGACUAUGAGAACUACAGAUAUGGAGACUGUUUAUGAUCUUGGAAAUAAAAUGAUUGAAGCUUUAUUAAAAGAAAAAGUAAUCAAACAUAAUAUUGUUAAAUAAUAGUUUGGUUGUUUUUUUUUAAAAAAUUGUAUUUAAUUUAUUUGUAUUUUUGUUCAAAGGUUUUAGCUGGUGAUGUUGUGACUAUUGAUGUUGCAAGUGGCAAAGUCAACAAAAUUGGAAGGUCGUUUACCAGGUCGAGAGAUUAUGAUGCAUCUGGUCCUCAGACUAGGUAAAAUAUUAAAUAUAUCAUGUACGUAUAUUUUUUUAUUAACAAUAGCUGUAUUCGUUUUAGGUUUGUACAAUGUCCUGAAGGUGAACUUCAAAAACGCAAAGAAGUUGUACAUACUGUUACUUUACAUGAAAUUGAUGUAAUUAAUUCUCGAACUCAUGGUUUUCUAGCAUUAUUUUCAGGUACUAUAGAAAAUGUUCAGUUUUAAUAAUUUGUUACAUCAUUUUAUAUUGUACUUGAUUCUUGUUGAAUUUUAAAUUUUAUUUAAAUUAUGUGUUGGAUAUAUAACUAGAGACUGUUCUUAAUUACACUUUUUUAAAAUCUAUAAUCAUUAUAUUAUAUUUUUGUGAAAAUAAUCUAGAAAUUAUAAAUUAAAAAUUUAAUAUUUAAUUAUACUUUAGGUCUUUGUUUACUAGCUUUUUGGUAAUAAUUAAAAAAAAGUUUUUGAAUUCAAAAUAAUAUACAUAGCUAGGUAAACUAUUAUUAUUAUGAUUUUGAAGUUUUUUUUGUGAUAUGGUGUUAUUUGAAAUUUAAAAAAAAAAAAAAAUUUUAAAUGUCAAAUAUUAAAUAUUAAACUAUAAUUAGUAUAUAUUAUUACUAAGUAUAACUAAUUGUAAAAGAGUACUAUAAUACAUAAUAAUUUAAAUAAUUCGGGUUCUAACAUAUAUCUAGUAAAAUUGUAUAGUACACAGAAUUUAAUUUAUCCGGUUAAAACUUUUAAAGAGUGCCUUACACUUUGUUUUAGUAUACAACUAGUGAUCAAUUAUACUUAUUUUCUUUUAAAAUUUUUGUUAUUUUUUUAUAGGUGAUACAGGUGAAAUAAAACCAGAAGUUAGAGAUCAAAUUAACUGCAAAGUUAGCGAAUGGCGCGAAGAAGGAAAAGCUGAAUUAUUAGCUGGUGUACUAUUCAUAGAUGAAGUAAUUUUAAUUUUAAUAUUUGUAAACCAAAUAAUAGUUAUUAGAUAAAGAGUAUAUGCUAAUUUUCAUAGAUGAAGGACAGAGGACAGGGGAAACAAUAUAUUAAUCUGAAUAAGAAUAAGAUCUGUUCAUAUUAUGGGUCUCUAUUUCACGUGUGUUUAAGAAAAGGAGUACAUAUUUUUAUGGAAAUAGUUUAAAUAUUUACUGUUUUACCUUUAAUUUUCUUUCAGGUUUUUCCUUAUUAUUUUCAAAAAAAUGACUUCUUACAUGCACAAAUUAGAUAAGAUCACCUUUUAUAAAAGAUGCUAUAUUUUAUAUAUUGGAGGAAGAUAAUGAUAGAAAAGUUGUUUACCAAACUGAGAGCCAGCCCUAGUUCAUAUUAUUGUAAUUUCCGACUGCUAUACUGAAUGAAAUAUUUCUUUGUUAAAAAGUAAUAGUUUUCCUCCAAUUUCUACAAGUUAAUACUAAAACAUGGGUUUUUUUUUUAUAACCGUGGUUUAGCAUGACAAAAUAUUUUAUCAUACUUAACAGUAUUUGGCAUUUAUUCUAUUGUCUUAGAGCUUAAAAUUUCUAAAAAUGUGUGAAAACUAUUUUUCUUGUUCAUUGUUUUGAUGUAUUGUGAAUGGUCUGGUAGAUAUAUUUACACUUUAAUACUUGUAUUGUCAAUGAAGAUGGGUAUUAUGUCAUGUACUCACGUCAUCUUAUUAGUUUUCUUUCAUUUGAGUAGUUUUUUUUAAUAUUUUAUUAUUAUUUUCUUGAUAGACAUACAUGUACACACGUAGUAUUUCAUAGAUAUCAAAGCUCUUCUUUGUAGUAUUGGUUUACUUUUUAAAUAAUUUGAGCACUUAAUUCUUAUUUUAACACUUUUAUCUUAUAAAAAAAAUACUUUAAAUAGCCUCAGAUAGAUUUUGUCUUUAAAAAUAAGUCAUAAAAAAGGAGAAGAUAUCUCUCUGAAGAGAAUUGAAAAAAAAAAGAGUUAAUAAGAAAUGUAUCACUUCUAUCUGUAGCACAGUACAGGUAAAUAAACUUUAUGUACCUGUAUGAUGAUACUUUAUGGUGAUAAACACAUGAUUUUCUAUAUUUUUACAGAAAACAAUUUUCUAUUCUGAAAAUUAAAAAUGAAACUGAUAAAUUGACAUAUUAACAUAAAACAUAAAUAUUCCGCACUAAACAUAAUUUACCAUUCUUUGUGGAUAGAUUAGUUAUCUAUCAUCUUUUUUUGCUUUAAAUUGAAUUAUGUAAUGAAUUAUUUUUUAUUGAUUGUGUAUUUAUUCGUAAUAUUUCAUUUUUUAUUAUCUAUAUCUUUAUAUUAUCCUUAUUUCUACAUUAAAAUAUAUUUUGGCAAUUGUCAGGUACAUAUGUUGGACAUAGAAUGUUUUUCAUUCUUGAACAGAGCAUUGGAAAAUGAAAUUGCACCAAUUGUAAUCACAGCCACCAACCGCGGAGUAACACACAUCAGAGGCACUAAUUAUAAAUCGCCUCAUGGUGUACCACUCGAUUUGUUGGAUCGCAUGGUAAUCAUAAUGACCCAUCCUUAUUCCGAAACCGAACUUGAACAAAUUUUAAGAAUAAGGUAUACCCGUGUUUGUAUUUGACCUAAAUAUUUCAACUACUAAUAGUAAUUUUUAAAAACUAUCAGGGCUGAAGAAGAAGACUGUGAGAUUUCCAAAGAUGCACUUGGUAUUUUAGCCAAGAUUAGCAAAUCAACAUCACUUCGUUAUGGUAUUCAAUUAAUAACUACUGCACAUUUGGUGUGCAGAAAACGUAAAGCUACUGAAGUGACUGUAGAUGAUGUGAAAAAAGUAUACAAAUUAUUUUUAGAUGAAGAACGGUCUACUCAGCUUAUGAAAGAAUAUCAAAAAGAAUACAUGUUUGACCAUUAUGCAAUGGGAGGUUGGUAUUGCUUUUUGUAACUAAUGCAUCUUAUACAUAUUUUAAUUCUGCUAACCUAUCUAAUCAAUGACAUUUGUGUUGUAAUAUAUAAAAAGUUAACAUUUUACAGGUAUUUAAACUUAAAUAAAAUUAUAAUUGAUCAUGACAUUUCAGUUAUUUUAGCUAUAGUAUAAACGAAUUCAAAUUUAUUUCAUAGGUUUUUAUGUUGAAAUUUAUUGAUUACUUAAUGUCUUGUGUAGAUACUGAAAUGGAAGAAAAACUGGAUGAUUCAAUGGAAGUACAAAAUGACAGCGCAUCAUCUACAUAAUAAAUUAUUUAAUUUAUAAGAUUUCUUGCAAAGUAUCACAUUUGUGGUUUUGUAAUUAAACAAAAUGGUUUCUUUAACACAGUUUAAUAUUUCCUUAAAUAUUGUGGAUUUAUAAAAACAAAUUUUGUACAAUUAUUUCAGGUUUUUUUUUUUAAAUGUAAAUUAUAAACCAAUAAAUUUGCAUUCAAUUGUUGAUUAUAUGUUUUACCGAUUACAUGUGCAAC